AUGAACUCUGAUGUAUUUAUAUGAAUAUCCUGGCCUGUUGUGAUGCUCUUACUAAGCUUAGCUUAUUAUAAGUACAUUAAAUUUUUGAAAUCGAUCAACGAUUACAGUUUACAUUCAAGAUGUCGUCAGAUCGUAUUUUCUGCAACAAUAUCUAACUGCAUAGAAGCAAAUUCGCUAUUGUCUUUGGGAUUUCUCACUAUCUUACGGCUUGAAGAAACUUAUCGUUAUGCUUUAUUUUUCUAUGUCGUUUCGAUUUACUCUCACCACUGGCAUUUUUGCUCAAAUAUCCUGAAAAUUUACAGACUUAAUUUAUUGACUAAAUUAAAACUAGGUCAGUAUUCUUCUCUUGAAAAAUUUCAAAGACGGGAAAAAAGAGUUGAAUGAUCAUGAAACAUUAGAGUUAUUGUUAUCUAUACAAUGGCUUCAGCUCUCCCUUCACUUUAUUUUCUAAUUGAUGCAGUGCUAGAAAAGACUCCAGAAAGAGUUUAUGGACUGACGAAUGAUAUGUAUAUUUUUGUGUGGACUUUAUGAGACAUUUUUGAGCUGGUUCUCAUAUGUAUAUUUUUGAUAAAAUUAUACAAAAACCAAGUAAAUAACAAACUCAAGCUUGAGCUUUGCUUAAUGGGAAUUAUAUGGUCAAUGUCCUUAACUUCUGCAUGCUUCACCGCAGAUAACGUUUAUUAUUAUUUGCUCAUAGUCUUGCCUCUUCGAAAUAUACUCAUCAUAAUAUCCGCAUUCAUAAUAUCUUGAAGAGACUUAAAUGAAAUAGAAGCACCGCUUCCUAUAGAUAUAGACUCAAAAAUGAUAUUUGAGCAUAGAAGGAUUUAUGAACAGUUUAUGAAGUUCAAUAAAAAAAAUAACGCUAUUCACGAAAAUUAUAUAAAUUUAAUUGUAAAAAUUGAAAAGUUUGAAAUCGAUCCAACAAUUAAGAAUGCUGAUGAAAUUAUGGAUGGAUUUUUGAAGGAAAAGAGAAUUAGCAUUCCUGAUAGCAUGUGUAGUAAGCUUAGUUCUGAUCUAAGAUACUAUAUGAAACAUGGAGAUUUGGAGAGAUAUUUUUUUACAGAGUUGAAAAAAUACAUUUAUUUUUAUUAUAUUGAUCCCGCAUUUGAAAAGUUUAAGGAGUCUAAAUACUUUGUCAGAAUUUAG